GGCUGAGAUCCACUCUGCUCUUGGCCCUGGACAGACAGAGACGGACGGAGAGCCUCCCAGCCCACAGGCACGCUGUGGCUGCCGCCAGCUUGGGGCCUGACUUCCUCUCCAGGCAAGAAGAGGAGGAAGGAUCUCCUCACAGCCAACUUUGGUGACUAAAUUUCCAGCACAAAAGGCAAAGGAGGCAAAUUCAACCUUCUCAGGAAGAUGCAGAGGCUCACAAUGCUGGCCACUACUUUGGGCACCUACCUUGGCCUGCUGGUGGCCACAGCCAUGGCAGACUGUGACCCUACUCAAUGGGACACCCCCAACCUGCAGUGCACCCACAGGCGCCAGAAGAGAGACUGGAUCUGGAACCAGAUGUACGUUGAUGAAGAGAAAAAUGCCUCACUGCCCUACUAUGUGGGCAAGAUCAAGUCAAGUGUGAACCGCAAGAAUGCCAAAUAUGUGCUCAAAGGGGAGGCGGCGAACAACAUUUUCAAGGUCAAUCCAGACACGGGGGAUGUGUUCGCUUUCGCAAGGCUUGACCGGGAGAAAGUCUCCUCGUACCCCCUUGUCGCCCUCAUCGUGGACAAAGACACUGACAAAGACCUUGAGUCUCCUUCCAGCUUCACUAUCAAAGUUCAUGACAUAAAUGACAACUGGCCUGUGUUCACGCAGCAGUUAUUCAAUGCUUCGGUGCUGGAGAUGUCACCUGGGGGGACCUCAGUCAUGCGUUUGACAGCAGUAGAUGCAGAUGACCCCACCGUGGCAGAGCACACCACUGUCAUGUAUCAAAUCCUGAAGGGGGGUGAGAAUUUUGCCAUCGACAAUUCAGGAUUAAUUACCACUACAAAGCAAAACUUGGAUCGAGAAGUACAGGCCAGGUACGAGAUCGUGGUGGAGGCACGAGAUGCCCAGGGCCUCCGAGGAGAAUCAGGCACAGCCACCGUGCUGAUCAUUCUGCAAGAUAUCAAUGACAACUUCCCCAUCUUCACUCAGCCGGCCGUGUACACAUUUGAGGUACCUGAAGACACUCGUGUGGGCAGCUCUGUGGGCUCUCUGUUUGUUGAGGACCCAGAUGAACCUCAGAACAGGAUGACCAAGUUUGAAAUCGUGCAGGGCGAGUACAGAGACACCUUCUCCAUCGAGACAGACCCCACCCGCAACGAGGGCAUCAUCAAGCCCAAAAAGCCCCUGGACUUUGAGUUCAUCCAAAAAUACUCCUUUGUCAUCGAAGCUACAGACCCCACUAUCAACCUCAAAUACGUGAGAGGCCUCUCUGGCAAAAACAAAGCCCAAGUCAUCAUCAACAUCUUGGAUGUGGACGAGCCCCCUGUCUUCCAAAAGCGCUUCUACCACUUCCGGUUGAAGGAGAACCAGAAGAAACAUCUGGUCGGUUCGGUGCUGGCCAAGGACCCCGACAAGGCCGGGAACAAAAUUGAAUACACCAUCCGCAAGACCAGCGACAAGGGCCAAUUCUUCCGAAUAACCAAGCAGGGUGACAUUUACAGUGAGAAACAACUGGACAGAGAAAUCCACCCCUGGUACAACCUGACUGUGGAGGCCAAUGAGCUGGAUUCUAAUGGGAAACUCACGGGGAAAGAAUCUAUUGUGCAGGUCCACGUUGAAGUUUUAGAUGAGAAUGACAAUGCCCCAGAGUUUGCUCAGCCCUAUGACCCAAGAGUGUGUGAGAAUGCAGUCCAAGGCAAGCUUGUUGUGCAGAUCUCCGCAGUAGACAAGGACGUAACUCCACAAAAUGUCAAGUUCAAGUUUGCCCUGGGCACUGACAACAGCAACUUCACCCUCAUAGACAAUCGCGAUAACACGGCCAACAUCACAGUCAAGUAUGGCCCAUUUGACCGGGAUCAUGCCAAGUUCCACUACUUGCCUGUGCUCAUCUCGGACAAUGGGUCCCCAAGCCUAACGAGCACCAACACACUGACUGUGGUCGUGUGCAAGUGCAACCAGCAGGGCACGUUUACCUUCUGUGAGGAGGCGGUCGCGCAGGUGGGCGUCAGCAUCCAGGCACUGGUGGCCAUCUUCCUCUGCAUCCUCACCAUCGCAGUGAUCACCCUGCUCAUCUUCCUGCGGAGGCGGCUCCGGAAGCAGGCUCAUGCCCACGGCAAAUGCGUGACUGAGAUCCACGAGCAGCUGGUCACCUACGACGAGGAAGGUGGGGGCGAGAUGGACACCACCAGCUAUGAUGUGUCCGUGCUCAACUCCGUGCGGUCUGGCACCACCAAGGCCCCACUGUCCAUGAUGGACGCCCGGCCACCCAUGUACUCCAAGGUGCAGAAGCCGCCGCGGCUGGCGCCUGGGAUGCACGGUGGGCCUGGGGAGAUGGCCACAAUGAUUGAGGUGAAGAAGGAUGAGGCAGACCACGACGGUGGGGUCCCGCCCUAUGAUACACUGCACAUCUACGACUACGAGGGUUCUGAGUCUAUCGCAGAGUCGCUCAGCUCCCUGGGCACUGAUUCGACCGACUCUGACAUUGAUUAUGACUUCCUCAAUGACUGGGGACCCAGGUUCAAGAUGCUGGCAGAGCUGUAUGGCUCCAACCCCUGGGACGAGAUGGUAUAUUAGGGGUCACAGAGCUCUGACCCUGGGAACUAAAACCCACAGCAGCCCCAGCCAGUCAGACAGUAGACAUCAAACCUUCCAGAGUGGCACUGACUCCCCAGCCCAGCAGUCCUUCCUUGUGGGUGCCAAAGACCUUACCAUGCCCAGGGAACCAAGCUCCAGACCCCUGAAAUACCCAGGAAUGUAUUUCAGUGAUGGCUACUCCACAAAUGCUGGAAAAGCAGGGCUACUGUACUGUUGACAAUGGAAUAUCACUAUGCCACAGAUCUAACUCAAAGACAUUCUUUGGCUGGGCAAAGCUGCCAGGCCAAUCAGCCUGGGUUCAACUGCCAGCAGAAUCUUCCCUUGAUGUCACUGAAGGCCCUGGGUGAAGCUAGUAUGAUCCUGGUGACUCUGCCUGGUGGCAGUGGGGUGGCCAGUGUGGCCUGUGGAACAAGACUCUGCAGCUCAGUUCCAAGGGAGACUGUGACAAUCCAUCACGCUGCUGUCUAGCACCCUGGUUCUGCUGUGAACCCUCACAGUCUCCCACUGUUCCCCAGCGCCUCCCCAGGCCUAUCAAGAGGGAGGAAGGGUCCACAUGGCAGCUCCUUUCCUUGGGCCCUACAGUGACCUUGCUGGCCUGGCACUCCAGGAACUGUGCUGUGCUGAGCAUUGACACAUUCAGCCAAAUUCAGGGAAAUGGCUUGUUGAACUUGAAGCAACUGUGAAUUCAUCCUGUAGAGACAGUGGUGAUCAAGAGUGACAGAUCACAGGGUGAAGGCCACCUCCAUACCCGCUGCCUUUGGAGAGGGCUUAGGAUAGCUGAGACCCUGAUCUGACACUCAUUGACACUCACCUGGUCUGACACCCCUGCCUCACCUGGUCAGUCCUGCUCUUUCCUCUUCUCUCUCUCAUCUCUUGACUUGGAAGCAGCCAAGAUGUGGCUCCCAACAAGUCCAGCAAUGCUGAUACCAAACACAGACAGCGGACUGUGUGACGUGACGGAGCCUGCCAUCUGCCUUUAUGUCUUGUUGCCAAGUCUCAGGGAACCGGCCCUCAGGCACACCUGCAGAAGGCGAGGCCCCACCCUGCCCCGCUCUGCAGAUCCUGGUCUCUGUGUGGCCCUAAGAGAGCUGUGUUUGGAAUUUCCAACUCAAACAUGCCUUAACGAGGUGGCAUCCAGACAGAGAGAGUAGGGGAAGAGACCAGGCUCCAGCUCACCCUGCAUCACAAACCACGCUGCCCACCUUGGGCACAGCCUCUCAUACUGCAGGGACCAGAGAGGACACUGACAUUAUUUUUAACUAAUCAUUAAGUUUUUUAUAAUGACUUUUUUUUUUACUAAUAAUACUUACAAAUUUCUAGCUCUCACAAACAUAUAGAGUAAAGGUUUAGCCUAAUAAACAUUGUUACUAGAUUAACAAUUUUAAUUCCGGUUUUGUCAUUGGACAAACAGUUCCUGUAACCUUCUAUUUCCUAUCAGUGCUCUGCAAGAUAAUGAUUACAUUUUGACCACCCUGGUGCAUGAAACAUACUGUAUUUUUUUAUGCCUAAAUAAAGAAAAUUCUUGAAAUUUC